CUGAAAUCUUCAAUAUUUGGCGGGGAGAUACAAAGUCGACUUAGAAAACGAAGAUAAUGUACACUAAAGAUGAAAGGGAAAUCGAGAAACUGAGAAGAGAUAAACUAAAAGCAGAUAAAAAAGGAAAUCUGAAAGAGGUUGCUUCUUUAGCAAAUUAUCUAGGAGAGUUACUGGCUAAAAAUGGAAAGUUUCAGGAAGCAAAAUUGGAACAUGAGCAAGAACUACAAAUCAGUGAGGCCCUGAAUGAUAGCAUUGGUGCUGCAGUGGCAUGUAGAAAGAUUGGUGAAAGUUACUGUGAUCUGCAAGACUACGAGAAAGCUCUGCAAUAUCAACACCGACAUUUGAAUCUUGCUAAGAAAUGUCAGAAUCUGAUUGAAGAGCAGAGAGCAUGGGCAACUAUUGGAAGAACCUUCUUUAUCCAAAGUGAAAACAUUAAUAAAGAAGAUAUUACUUCCACUCUUCAUAAAGCACUGGAUGCCUUUCAGAAAAGCUUACAGGUGUGUGAGGAGUUAAGGAUGAAGGGCGAGGUCCCAGAAGUGGAGUACUUUGAGAUGAAGGCUAGAUUGUAUCUUAAUAUAGGUCUGGUACAUGAUGGUCUUGGAGACACAAAACAGUGUGCAGAUAAUCUGAAGAGGGCCAUUACACUGGCAGAACGUCACCACUUUGAUGGUGAUUUAUACCGAUGCCAGACCUGCCUAGCUAGUAUGUACCAGCGCAGUGGCAAUCUCAGUCAAGCAUUGAGAUUUCUGGAAGCUGCUCAAAAAAUGGCUGUCAAACUCCGGGAUAAACAACUAGAAUGUGAGACGCUGACCACUAAAGCAAUGGUUUCGUGUCAGAUAGGAGACUUCAGUGGUAGUAAGCAUGCUCUAAAGAAGGCAUACAAAUUCAGCUCAACAGCAGAGGUAGAACACCUGAGAGGACUAUUUCACUCAGUAACAAAGCUAGAGGAAGCCACCGUAUCCCUGGAAACGGCCCCAUCAGCCCCGUGUGAUGUCCGGCUGAGACUUUUUGAAAGUCUGGGAGACUGUUCUGCAGAGGCAGGAAACUAUAAACAAGCUAUCGAAUAUUAUCAUAAAAUGUUGCAGUGUGCUACAGAUCUAAACAAGCCUACCAAGGACUUCAUUCCAAUCUACGUGUCUCUAGCGCAAACGUAUGCUGAUGAUAAACAGUACAAGAAUGCCAUCACAUAUUUCAUGAAAGAGAUCGAAGCAAGGGGGGAUGAUGAGGCUCAGGUGUGCAAGACGCUCCUAAAUGUUGCGGAGAUCCAGUUCUCAGAUGGACAAGGGUAUGAUGAAGUCAGCAAAACUUACCUGUGUGCUUACAAGCAUGCCAAAAAUGCCAAGCACCAUUUGUUAGAGUUUCAUGUCUUGAAAGCUCUCAUUGAUGUUCAAAAGAGCUUCAAUCAGAAAACACACCUACAGCAGACAAUGUCUAAGUUAAAGAAGGUGAAAGAGAAGUACAACCUUGAGAGUUCUGAUGAACUCAGUGAGGAGGAGAGAGAUAGUCAGAAGAUUGUAGCGGAGGAGGCAGAACUCAGUAUAUCGGAAUUAUCGGAGUCGGAAGAUACAGAUGAAGAGCAGCCUGUUAGUACAGCCAGUAAUAGUACAGGCAGAGCCAGGCGUAACAAGGCUACAACCAAGAGAAAUGAAAAGGGUGAGACACCUCUUCAUAGAGCCUGUAUAGAAGGGAACCUGAAGAAAGUGGAGAGACUUAUAGAACAGGGUCACCAAGUAAACCCCAGGGACUAUUGUGGUUGGAUUCCGCUACAUGAGGCAGCCAACCACGACUUUUAUGAUGUAGUGCAAUAUUUACUUGAGCAUGGUGCUGCUGUAAAUGACAGGGGUGGACAACAUUGUGGAGGGGUCACACCGCUCAUUGAUGCAGCUAGCUGUGGCAACAUGGAAGUUAUGGAGUUGCUGAUAUCUAAAGGAGCUAAUGUGCUAGCUAAGGAUGAUGAGGGAAAUACCGCUCUGGACUGUUUAAGAGCCUGGAGGCAGAGAUGUGACAACAUUGCGGAGGAUCUUGCAGCAAAAUUUACGUCACUGGAGCAAACAUUACAGAAGAGACUUCCAAAUGCGCCUUUAGUAAGAGAAGAAACCCAUAACAUUUCCUCAUUAUCCCAGUCUCCACAUUCAAUGCCAUCACUGGUCCAACAAAAGAGGAAAGGAAAUGACCAUAGUAUGCCAUCACUGGUCCAACAAAAGAGGAAAGGAAAUGACCGUAGUAUGAGGAGAACACUCUCAUCAGGGUCUGAAAGUGAUGAAAUUCCAGAGACUGGUGCUACCAGACCUACAGAGGACACUCAGGACCAGUAUCCCAAUCCUCUACUGCAGAAAGAAAAGCCGUCAAAACAUGCCACCGAUUUCUACAAAAGUGCAAUGAGAGCUGUGGGACAGAGUGCUACCAAAAUGAAGACUGCAUCAAGGCCUUCUACUUCAAAAUCCCCAAAAGAAAUGCAACCAUUUUUAGCAGGGGAAGAAAUACAGGAUGAUGAUUGGCUGAUUGAUGAUAUUGGACCAACCAAUAAAAAGAGGAGAUUGGAUGUCAAUGAUGUCUUUUUGAAAAGUCAAGUACCAUCUAGUCAAAGGAGACCUAAGAGAAAGAAACAUUCAGAUGAACCUGACAGGUCGAGAGAUCUUGAUGUUGACGAUGAGAAUAGUAAUGAUGAUACAGAUACUGCUGUACAAUUUGUAACAGAAAAUUUAUUUCAGGAUGAUUAUAAUGACGUUAACAGACCUACAGGUCACCAGGAUAUUGCCUUGUUAAGUGAUAGUGAAAACAGCAAUGACAGUGUAAACAUGAUUCCUAGGCGACUCACUCGCAAACCAAGGCAGUUAAAAUUGACGAAUUUUGGUGUCAUGAAAUCGAACAGUUGUGUAUCUGAUGAAAGCACAGCUGAAAAUGUCAACUCUUUACAAGGUUUAAGCUGUCAAUCAAAUCCAGUGAGAUCUGGAGCUGUAAUAUCUAAUACUGGAGUGACACUUUCCACAAGUCAGGCAGCACCAGGAUACUUAACACAGUCUGUGGCAUUUCCAGUGGGAACACUUAGAGUAACAGUCAAAGAUAAGAAGCUAUUGGUACCUGUCUUUGAAAAAGAUGUCAACAGCACUGUUUCAUGGCUUGCCCGAGAGACUGCCUCCAGAUACUACAAACUGACUGGAUUACAGUGUGUUCUAAGCAUCCAGCUGGGAGAUGGAUCAGUUCUUAGUCCAGAUGACCCAAUCACACUCCUGCUAGCAUCAAAUGAAGAGAUUAGGGGUGCAGUGGAGAGUUUUGACCUGCCACCAAUGUCACAGCAGUAUGAACAAGCCUGUCAGGAGUUUGGUUGUAUAAGCUACAGAAACAUCAAAACUAUCUUACUCCAGGCAGAUUCAAACGGUGGCCGACUGAACUUUGAGGCAUUGGCUCUGCGUCCUAUACAGCUAAAGCCAUUAUUUAAGGCGAUUCAGUUCCAGCACAGCGUGACAGAGAUUUGCCUCAAAGGAAACCGACUUGGUGAUAAAGGCAUGGAAGACCUGCUUGUUGUAGUAAAAUCUCUCAGCAGUCUUUCCAGCCUGGAUCUCUCGUGUAAUGGUAUAACAAAUGUAGGAUUGAAGAUCUUCGCAGACUUCGUUUAUGCCAUUAAAAAUGAAUCAAGAACUAGUACAUCUAUGAGAUUGCUGCAUUUGUCUCUCAGUAACAAUGUGCUAGGGGACUACUGCUGUCCUCUAUUGAACACAGUCAUCUCUUCAUUGCCAACCCUAGAAACCUUAGAGCUGUCUUCCUGUGGCUUCACAUGCAAACUCUUUCAGCAAAAUAGACUAAACUUAGUAGAGACAGUUAAAAACUCCAGAAUCCAUACCUUGGAUGUAUCUUGCAAUACAUUUGGUUCAUUAGGAGUUGAGAUGGUUCUCUGUUGUAUGAAUCCCGGUAAUCUGACUGCCUUAAACCUGUCAGGAACAGUAACAUCAGCCAGUGUUCUUCAUCUCUUUCUACACCAUAUUGAGAUGUUUCUAUCACAGGACAACUGUGCAUUGACUGACAUAACCUUGAGUUCCUGCCAGUUAAGUCUCGCAGAAAAAGAUAAGCUUAUAAGGUUGAUAACUGUAGGGAAAAAUCUCAAUAGAUUGGACAUCUCUUGUAAUUCGAAGUUGACCAAUGAAGUGGUUGCAGCUUUGUUAUCAGAAUCUGCAAAACAGAGCUCCCCUUUGGAGCAGCUAAUUACAGAAGGCUGUUUCAUCUCAUCUCCCAUCAAUUCAGACUUCUUGGAUUCGCUCAGUGAUAAGCUUCAAAGUGCUCGACCUCUGACCUAUCUGAGCAUGAGCAGUCAUCAGCUAGAGAAAGUGGAUUUGGAGUGUUUGUCCGAUAUAUGGACCCAGAUUUGGCAACCAGGCGUUGGGGCUGUCACCAAUGUUUUAGAUGUUUUGAGACUUUAUGUUGAUGAUAAGUAAUGUUCAUAAAACGUUAUGUAUAAUAUUGUUAAUAUCAUAUGAAUAUUACAUGAAAGUGAGGGUGUCAUUGGGAAUUGUCAACCCGAGAAAGCAUUGUUGACUGAGGCGAAACCAAGGUUGACAAUGGUUUUUUGAGGAUCACCGUUACCCUCGCUUGCAUGCAAUAGUUGUUAUACUAUACCUGAAUGUUAUAAAUUUCUAUUUUACUUUCAUGUAAAAUUCUUGAAUCUGAUUGACCAGGAAAUGGUUUAUAAAACCUAAUGUUUUCCUGUUGAGUUAAAAGGAUGUAAUAAGUCUAACAACGGGCUCGGUAAAUAUUGUACUCCUCAGGUGUCUAAAUCAUCGUAUUGACCUCAAAAACAGCAAUAAUUGUUUUAUUAUAUGAUUCAAUGAUUAAAAAACCCUUCAAGAUUGUUCUUUGCUUUAAUUGUAAGUUUCUUAGCCAAACCCAGUGAGAAAUGCAGAAUUUCAUUGGACGGCAAAAAUAAGUAUAAUCGAUCGCGUCAAAUUGGAAGUUCCCGACCCAUUUUUGGUCCUAUGUGGAAAAAAUAAUUCCUUAUGUUCACCUGGAAGGUCACAUGCAGGUAAACAUAACGUAGUAUGAUUUCUACAUUGUUGGAUCUCAGCCAAUUAGAGAGCUAGGAAUUAUUCAAUCAUAUAAUAAAAAAGAUUAUCACAGGCAUCAAAUUGAUUCGUGUAUGGUUGGCCAUAGACUUUAAGAUGCAGUCUGCAGUGCUACACAGCGACAUUUUGAAUGAAAUGGAUUUGAUAAAGGAAACAAACGAUAAUCGGCAGUGAUAUUGGUACCUACAUGUAUAUGUACUGUUAUUAAUUGGGUAUCAUUUAUUAUA